UUUCACAACUAAAAUUGUUAGCGCAACACAGACAGGGGAAAACAAAACUGAAAAUGGACUUCGCUCAGUGUUUAAUCAUAUAUCUAUCGAUACUUUGCGUAUCAAAAAUUGUCACUUCACAAACUUGUCAGAAAUCAUCAGCUUGUAGUUGCAAGGAAGGAGAAUUUACGUUUGAUUUGUCACCUUUGAAUACGAAAAAUCCGAGAUUUUCAGUUAAUGCCACGUCGGCAGGCACGAGCUAUAUGUACACAUUUCAACCAUGUACUCCUUUGGCAGAAUGCGGAGCAGCUACCACUGCAGCGGCAUGCCAAACAGCCCAAACUGCUGGAUCUGUAUCAUAUAAUCUUGGUACCUCCAAUUCUGCAAAUUUCAAUGGCAGCAUUAUUGCAAACACCUUGGAACUACAGUUUACAGAAGGUUUAGAAGGCAGGCGUACUUUUAUCAAGAUGGUGUGCAAGAAAGAUGGAGAUCCAGAACUAAAGUAUGAAGACGAGAGUCCAUCAAAGAACUAUAAAUUUAUCCUGUUGUCAUCAUAUGCAUGUCAACCAUCCCCAACGCCUUCACCAGGUCGUGGUCUCAGCCCUGGAUCUGUCCUGGUUAUUUUGUUUUUCGUCUUCCUGUUUGUGUACUUUGUUGCGGGCAUGUUAUUCAUGAAGUUUGGGCGUGGAGCUGUUGGAACGGAAGUGAUUCCCAACUAUGGGUUCUGGUCAUCACUCCCUGGCCUUAUAAAGGAAGGGGUAGCCUUCACCUGUAGUGGAUGCAAGGCAGACACGAGCUACGCCAAGAUCUGAUCAUCUACUCUACAUAACAUCAAAUAUACUGUCUGGGUGUUCAUUAUAAUUAGCAUUUGGCAUUUAAGAAGUGUCUUAGCAGUGAUUUUUGUUGUCUUCUUAAGGGACAGUAAAUGUGUCUGUGUGUCCGUCCGAAUCUGGAUCCUGCAACAACUCGAAAGGUUCAUGUGUGACCUUUUGUGGGAUUUGAAUAUUGUUUUGUAAACUCUUGUGGCAUUUUGUUUAAUAAUCUCAUUGUUACUUUCAAAUAUAAAAUUUACACAACUUGAACAUUUACACAACUCAAAUGUGAGUCAUACAUCAAUUUAAACAAUAAUACUAUAUGUAAAGCAUGUGUACAAUUUCAAAUUUGCUUUAAAAGUGUACAAUUUCAAAAUUGCUUUAAAAUAACCAUUCCUAAUUAACCAGUAUGUCAUAGACACAAUAAGGCAUUGUUAUCAAUAUCUCUGUUAUUUGGUACAAAUACAUGUAUUUCAUGGAUAUCUUUGGUUAUUCCCCAUUCAAGGCAUUCAACAAAUCUGAUACUGUUUUUAAAACAUUGAAAAAUUCAAAUUCAAUUUAAUAUUUAUAUCAAAAGAAAAGUAAACAAAUAAAUGAGUCAUAUGCAGCUCUGGGAAAACUGGGCUUAUUGUGUGUGCAUAAAGUGUCUCCCAGAUAAGCCUGUGAAGUCUGCACAUGCUUAUCAGAGACAACACAUUUGGCUUUUAUGGAAUUGUUUCAAUAAAGUCUCCUCUAAACAGUCAGUCAAGGCAGAAAGUGUCCGCUCUGAUAAGCCUGUCCAGACUGAGCAUGAUCAGUCAGUCAAGGCAGAAAGUGUCCGCUCUGAUAAGCCUGUCCAGACUGAGCAUGAUCAGUCAGUCAAGGCAGAAAGUGUCCGCUCUGAUAAGCCUGUCCAGACUGAGCAUGAUCAGUCAGUCAAGGCAGAAAGUGUCCGCUCUGAUAAGCCUGUCCAGACUGAGCAUGAUCAGUCAGUCAAGGCAGAAAGUGUCCGCUCUGAUAAGCCUGUCCAGACUGAGCAUGAUUAUCUGAGACGACACUUUACAACAUGCAGGAAACCCAGUUGAAGGCUCAUAUACAGUACCGGUACCGGUGUGGUAGAAUGUCAUUUGGAUGCUAUAAUGACUUGUCAAGAGAUUACAUACAUUGCAUGUGUUUGUAUAUUGUUUCAAUAUUUAUUAUAGCAGUUUUGUAAUUUUCAAAAUGAUCUGAUACUUGGUUAUUGCAUGUGUAAAUUGUUUUUACUGAUUUGAGUUAAAAUGGCUAUUCAGUAUUUGUACACUAAUAAGCUGAUGCAUGUACUUAUAUUUGUGUAUUUUUAUAUAUAAACAGCUGAUGUGUAUUCUUAGGUUGUUGCACUAUCAACUAAUAUUUACAGUUUUAUAUUUUGCAUUUUAUUAAGCCAUAAUUUUAUUUUGUAAAUGAGCAUUAGUGAAGACCAUGUAUGCAACUUUUGUUUGGCAGGUUAAAUAAGUUGUUGAAAGUUAAUUAAACUGUAGCCUAUACUUUUAAAGCUUAAAGUGGCAUAACUAGACAUAUUUAGUAUUUCUCCAUUUCAAGGGAUGUAUUUAAACAACAGCCCUCUUGUCAAUUGUUUAAUAUACAUGUAUGUCUUAUUUUGCAUAGUGAAUCUGAUACAUUAACAUAUUUUUUCUCCACAAAACAUGAUCUGUUAAAGACUUAUUUCCUUUUUCCCUGUAAAGUAUCUUCAAUUUUAUCUUUAAUGUACAAUUUUGAAUGUGUUGCUCAUUUGGUAUAAAUUACACUAUCUAAAUUAAACAUGAUGAACGGUGAAUAAUUUACAAGAUUGAAAAGAAUCUCCGGUUUAUGUUUCACUAACAUAAAAAUGAUCAUCAGUGUAUGCUGAUUGGUUUGAUUGUCUUAAUGGUUGUUUGCAGUGGUGACUUAAUUGAAUCUGAUUAUAACAUCUAAUGUAGCCAUACAAUAACAAUUUUAAUAUGAAAAAUGUCAAAAUAAUUUCCUGUAUUUUAUGUAACUCAUACCAUUGCAUUUAUUCAAUGUACAAUCUAAGCACACCAACUUGAAUAUGUUUGUUCUUUUCACCAAAUGGCUAUUGUAUUUUAUUUGUGAGAAAUUCAGUAUAGAUUUUCAGCAAAAUAGUUUAGUUAGGAAUGCACACAGUAAACUAAAAUAUUGGAUAACAAUAUUAUAAUUUGGUAUACCAGCCCACUGUGAGCUAAAUUGAAAAGAUAUAGAAAAUGAUAUUUAGUGAUGUACUGAAAUUUUCGCUUAACGUAUGCUUAAUAAAGAUAAUAUAAAAAUUGUCAAAAUGACAUUUUUCAUUUAAUUAUCCCCACGUUUUUUGGAGAAAAAGUGGGGAUAUUGUUUUGAUGUGCGUCCGGCCGUCCGUGCUGGCCACCUGCUCUUCCUACACUAUUAGCACUAGAACAUUGAAACUAACAUACAUGGUAGCUAUGAGCAUAUGUGCGACGGUGACAGUGACGGAAUUUUUAUCUGACCCCUGGGUCAAAAGUUAUGGGGGUUGGGGCGGGGCCGGGUCAGAGAUUUUCACUCAUUUUUUUAUGUUAUUUUACAUUAACUUCUUCAUUUCUGCACCGAUUUACUUCAAAUUGAUACUGAGCCUCUCUUAUGAUAAUAAGGUCAAUCUCAACUAUGCAUGGCCCCUUUCCAACCCUUGGGCGCCCCGGCCACAUAGGCCACGCCCACCCAAAAUUGCCUUUUACUAUAAUUUCUUCAAUUCUACACCGAUUCACUUUAAAUUGAUACUGAACCUCUCUUAUGACAAUACGGUCAAUCUCAGCUAUGCAUGGCCCCAUUACCAACCCUAGGGCAUCCCGCCCACAUAGGCCACACCCACCCAAAAUUGCCAUUUAUUAUAAUUUCUUCAUUUCUACACCAAUUCACUUCAAAUUGAUACUGAACCUCUCUUAUGACAAUACAGUCAAUCUCAGCUAUGCAUGGCCCCAUUACCAACCCUGGGGCGCCCCGCCCACAUAGGCCACGCCCACAUAGGCCACGCCCACCUAAAAUUGCCUUUUACUAUAAUUUCUUCAUUUUACGCUGAUUCACUUCAAAUUCAUACUGAACCUCUCUUAUGACAAUACAGUUAAUCUCAACUAUGCAUGGUCCCAUAACCAACCCUGGGGCGCCCCGCCCACAUAGGCCACGCCGUCCCAAAAUUGCCUUUUACUAUAAUUUCUUCAUUUCUGCACAGAUUCACUUUAAAUUGAUACUGAACCUCUUUUAUGACAAUACGGUCAAUCUCCACUAUGCAUGGCGCCUUUACCAACCCUGGGGCGCCCCUCCCACAUAGGCCACGCCCACACAUAAUUGCCUUUUACUAUAAUUUCUUCAUUUCUACACCGAUUUACUUCAAAUUGAUACUGAACCUCUCUUAUGACAGUACAGUCAAUCUCAGCUAUGCAUGGCCCCAUUACCAAACCUGGGGCGCCCCGCCCACAUAGGCCACGCCCACAUAGGCCACGCCCACCUAAAAUUGCCUUUUACUAUAAUUUCUUCAUUUUACGCCGAUUCACUUCAAAUUCAUACUGAACCUCUCUUAUGACAAUACAGUUAAUCUCAACUAUGCAUGGUCCCAUAACCAACCCUGGGGCGCCCCGCCCACAUAGGCCACGCCCACCCAAAAUUGCCUUUUACUAUAAUUUCUUCAUUUCUACACAGAUUCACUUUAAAUUGAUACUGAACCUCUUUUAUGACAAUACGAUCAAUCUCCACUAUGCAUGGCGCCUUUACCAACCCUGGGGCGCCCCGCCCACAUAGGCCACGCCCACACAUAAUUGCCUUUUACUAUAAUUUCUUCAUUUCUACACCGAUUUACUUCAAAUUGAUACUGAACAUCUCUUAUGACAAUACGGUCAAUCUCACCUAUGUAAGGCCCGAUUACCAGCCCUGGGACGCCCCGCCCAUAAUAGGCCACUCCCACCCAAAAUUGUCUUUUACUAUUAUUUCUUCAUUUCUACACCGAUUCACUUCUAAUUGAUACUGAACUUCUCUUAUGACAAUACGGUCAAUCUCGACUAUGUAUGGCCCCAUUACCAACCCUGGGACGCCCGCCCAUAAUAGGCCACACCCACAUAGGCCACGCCCACCCAAAAUUGCCUUUUACUAUAAUUUCUUCAUUUCUACACCGAUUCACUUCAAAUUGAUACUGAACCUCUCUUAUGACAAUACAGUUAAUCUCAGCUAUGCAUGGCGCCAUUACCAACCCUGGGGCUCCCCGCCCAUAUAGGCCAUGCCCACCCAAAAUUGCCUUUUACUAUAAUUUCUUCAUUUCUACACUGAUUCACUUCAAAUUGAUACUGAACAUCUCUUAUGACAAUGCGGUCAAUCUCAACUAUGUAUGGCCCCUUUACCAACCCUGGGUCGCUCCACCUUAAAUAGGCCACACCCACCCAAAAUUGUCUUUUACUAUAAUUUCUUCAUUUCUACACCGAUUCACUUCUAAUUGAUACUGAACUUUUCAUAUGACAAUACGGUCAAUCUCAACUAUGCAUGGACCCAUUACCAACCAUGGGGCGCCCCUGGGUCAAACAUGCGGCGUGGGGAUACGCGUCGGCCUCUGCCGCGCCAUUUCUAGUUUCUGAAGCAAUUUAUUCAGGACAAGAGGGGACUUUGCAUUCAAUAUGUUUAUGUUAUUUUAUGCAAUAUAUAUUUGUAGACUUACAUGUUAAUUUUGUGUAUGUACCAAUUUAUUAUAGCAUUGUUUCACAACUGGUUCGUUUUGUUAGCUCUUCUGGCCAAAGGCCUGAAGAGCUUAUGUCAUGGCGUGGUUUCCGUCGUCCGUCCGUGCAUUAGACUUUUUCUUGUUUACGCGAUAAAGUCCACAGUUUUCAUCCGGUUCUUUUCAAACUUGUUCAGUGUCUUUAUCUGAAUGAUGAGUCAAACCCUAAUGAAAAUGAGCAAUAUCAGAGUUAUAAGUCCAGAAUUAUCUCCCUUUGAAAAUUCAAUUUUUUUAUGUGAUAAAGUCCAUAAUUUUCAUCCAAUUCUUGGCAAACUUGCACAGUGUCUUUGUAUCAAUGAGGACUCAAACCCUUGUAUAAAAAGAGCAAUAUCGAAGCAAUAAGUCCAGAAUGACUUCCCCUUGAAUAUGAGAAAAUUUUGAAAUCCCGCUUGUUUACGCAAUUAAUUCCACAGUUUUCAUCCAACUAUUUCCAAAUUUGCACAGUAUCUUUAUACCAAUGAGGACUUAAACCCUAUUGAAUAUGAGCAGUAUCGGAGAAAUAAGUACACAAUAAUCUCCCCUUGAAUUUGAGAAAAUUAUCCUUGUUUGCGCGAUUAAGUACACAGUUUCCAUCUUAUUCUUUCCAAACUUGCACAGUGUUUAUAGCAGUAGAGUGAUUCAGGCCCUCAUGGGCCUCUUGUUGUUGUUAAGAAAGAAAGAAAUGCAUCUGCAUUCAUUGUUUAGCAGACAAGAAGACAAGAUGUUUAUUCAGCAUGAGAAUAUUUGUUUUAGUGUUAAACCUUAAUAGUUUUACCCAGGAAGCAGUCUCAUUAUGCAAGUAGCUUAUAUCGCUAUACGGUUAAUGGGUGAAACCUUUAUGCAAAUGAACAGUUAUUGUACUUCAUCAGUAUUGUUCAUGAUAUACAAGUGCUUAUGGUUGAGGGACUUUCAGUAUUUAUUAUUUAUUAUACUAUUAGCUUGUAUAUAAUCUGUUCAUAUAUUAACCGUCUUGUAGACCAACUUUGUGAUGUAAAUGUUGUAGGUAGUACUCUUUACCACAUUUGAGUUAUUUCCAAGGGUAAGUUCAGCUGUAUGUACAUUGUCACAUGAUUUACAAAUACCCAACAUAUUUGUUCAAAAUAACAAUACGAGUCACGUUCUGAGAAAACUGGGCAUAAUGCAUGUGCGUAUAGUGUCGUCCCAGAUUAGCCUGUGCACAGGCUAAUCAGGGACGACACUUUUCGCCUAAAUUGGAUUUUUGCUAAGAAGAGACUUCAUUUAAACAAAAAAUGUCAUAAAAGCGGAAAGUGUCUUCCCUGAUUAGCCUGACACUUUAUGCACAUGCAUUAUGCCCAGUUUUCUCAGAACAUUACUUAUAUGUCACAGUAGAUAGCUGUGUACUUGUCCAAAUAGUAUGGACACUCAUAGACGUCGUCAAAAAUCAGUGCAAAUAAUAUGCCCUUUGUUUGUAUCCAAACAUAGUUUCAGGGGGAACGUGUCCAAGUCACAUCUAAUGGCGUUUUCUUACGUACUGCAAAUAUCAUAGACACUUUCUAAUUUGAUUUGUAAUUAACUAAAGGAAAUGUACCCUUAUGAAUGGAUGGUCUUACACCACUUCUCAAUUAAUGAGUUCACAAAUAUUGUUUCAAUAUUGAAACCGUAUGCAUAAGAUAUUUAAACAGUGAUACUAAAUGUAACUAAUUGCUUUAUUCUUGUUAAAGGAAAGACUAUCAACACAUAGUUAAGGUUGGUAUAAUUGCUAUUGUUGUAGCUUCAAAGAACAAAAAAGAUUCUUCUGUCUUCUCCAUUAAAAGUAAGACUUGUAAUAUUAUUUCUGGCAAUAUUACUGUUCGCAUCAGUUACUGUUUACUAUGUAUUUUAAAAAAUAUUGUGUUUUUGUUUGUGUUUUUGUUUAAAAAUGCUGAAUACGUAUAGUUUGUAAUACUAAAGUUGUUAAGGUCGUAUUUAAAUUUUGAUAUUUAAUGUACCUUUAAUUGUGCUUUUGUAUUUUGCAGAUUAAAAACUAAACAGUCAUUCCUGAAAUUUAACUUGAUAAAAAGAGGAAAACCUGUAUUAAUGACAAACCAUAAGUUUUACUAUGAAUUCUUUUUUUAUCCAUUGUGCAUAGUGUUUAACAACACUGUAAUGCAUCUUCUUUUAACCCUUUGCAUGCUUGGAAAUUUGUCGUCUGCUAAAAUGUCGUCUGCUGAAUUUCUAAAGUUAGCUUUUUCUUUGAUUUUUUUUCAAAUAAUACUUUAAUAGCAAACAGUUUGGAUCCCGAUGAGGCGCCACGUUUUGUGCAAAGGCCUUUAAAAGUCAGUUCCAGCACUGAAAGGGUUAACAUAGAUAUAACAACAACAAAAGUUUUAUGCAGACAAUUGCGGGUGAAGAUGGAUUUCCCCAUGCAACCACUGAUGUCAAUACUGAUCUGUAAUGGAGCGUUAGAUAAAUCUGACAUAAAUGCUAUGCUCUUAGUAAAAUGACAACUUUUUUUUUAAGUAAUUGAAACAAUUUAUGUUAUGAAUUCCUAGUUAUAUAAAUUUAAAUAACAUGCGUUUUAUCUGGCAAUAGCUCUAUAUACAUGUAUAUAACUCAGCCAGUUUUGGUGUCAGUUAACUUUACAUUUCAUGUUUGCUGUCAUUGUUGCUUAUAAUCAGAAUAAAGUGUAUACACUGCAAA